AUGAUAAAUCUAGAGGCGUAUGCGAAGAACAACAUCCGUCGAUGGAUGAAACCUGGCUCUUACUGGUCAUCAGCAGAGGAGCAGAAGAAGAAAGUCUCUGAUGAGGAUGCCGAGCGCAUGAUCAAGAAGUGGGAGCGGCAGCUGGCUAACCGCUCUGAUGUGCCCGAUGAUGAGAGUUCCAGCGAACCGGAGCAGGAAGAACUCUGCUCUGAGGAUGCAGAGGAAAAGCAAGAGGCGGAGGAAGAGGAAGAAGAAGAGAGUGACGAAGGAGCAAGCGGCUCAGAAAGCUCAGGUCACGAAGCAAGCGAGGAGGAGGCAGAGGAGGAGAAGGAAAGCGUUGACUCCGAUGAGGGGUCAGCAAGUGCAGUGUUGUCCAAGGCAAGCGAGCUUUCGGCUGAGAGCGACGGCAUCGACGCCGAUGCCGAUGACCUCGAAGUAAGUUCGGACGAUGACUCAGACGAGUCGUCGUUGAGCUCGAGCGAUGAGGACGGCCGGGUUGAAGCCAAGAAGAAGGAAAAGGAAACCUCCACGGACCAGAACAAGCAAAAGCAAAGCAAGGACGAGAAGGAAGCCCAGAAGAAGGAGAAGGAAACCACCACGGACACCAAGGGAACGACAGGGAAGAAGGCAAGCGGGGACACAACCAAGCCGGAGAAGAAGGUCAAGAAAGACAAGAAGGAGAAAAAGGAAACGGCAGAGCAGGCCACGGAAGGCGCUGAGAAGGCAACGGAGGAGGAGGAGGAGCAUGGCCGUUUGGCCGAUGCUGAGCAGAAAACGCUGCCCAAGAAGCCCGCCAACUCAUCGAGCCACAGGAAGGAAUACAUGCGGUUCAAAAGGUGGACGAAAAGCAAGAAGCGGUUCCCGGCAAAGUUGACAAGUGCGGUGCAAACCCAGGACACCGUCGUGCGAUGCUUGAUCUGCAUGACGAUUCCGGAUCCGGAGCUGCCACCCGACAGCGGCGAAGUUUUGUACUUCGUGAUGAUCGAAAUGGAUUUCUCGAACAUCCAAGAGUUGACCAGGGUGGCCAAGUUGGAGCUUUCGGGUGCGAUUGACAAGGGUGGCGGCAUGCUCGACCCGAAGAUGGGCCUCAAGCUGGUGGAUUUCAGCAGCGGGGCUCCUUUGACUGGGAGCCAGUUGAUGGGAAAAGCAUUGGGGAGCACACCCAACGGCAAGCAGCCAAAGAAUGGCAAGAAGCCUAAGCAAGGGGAAGGCAAUGAUCAGGAGACAGCCGAGCCGACAAAGGAACAACAGGUAGCUGUCGCCAUGGUUUCCUUGGCUUUGGCUUUUUCGCUGAUGUGUCUGGCGAGAAGCUUUGUGAAAGAACUUGUGAGAAAGGAGACGGGGGAGCGCGAAGAUGUCAUGGCCUCAGGAACGCAACCAGCGUACACCGAGUACUACCGUGCAAGUACUGCUGUCCCGGCGGACUCCGAUCCCGGGAACAACACCUACGGCUACCCGUUGGCCACGAACCGCAUGCUGAACUACAGGAACAAGGUCCUCAGUCUCGACAACAAGAACCCCAAGAAGAAGCAUGUGAUAAAGGAGAUUACCCCAGCGGAUGUUAUCAACGUCACAAGCUACCUCAAGAAGACGAACGCGUACUCCGAGUUCUACAAGAACAGAAGAAAAGGCGCUCUCAACAACGACAUCCUUGAGAAGAUCAACGCAGUCGAGAUGGAAAGUGAUCUACACCAAAGAAUCGAAGUUAUCCUGGACUCUGGCGCAGACGACGCACAAGGAAAGGCGAUAAAGACGGAAGGCAGAAGGAUGCUGAACUUAACGUUCUUCGAUGACAACGGAAGCUUUUGUCGCAUCCAGGAAGCCUUCACCGUUGCCUCGGUGAUCAACCCGCUGAUGGCCAUAGGCAAGCUGUUUCGAGAAGGUUGGGAUUUGCGAGUUAACGAAGAAGAAGGUAUGUGUCUUACAGAUGGAAGCUCAAGAAUACCAGUGCAUCUCCACAAGAACAGCUUGGCAGCCUACGCCUACGUACAAACUCCUUCAAGAAGCAGAGGUUACAGCAGCAGCAACUACAAGAUGGUUCGCACUGUUGUCCAACUCAACAAGCACGUUCAGGAAGCAGUGAACAAAGAAGAACCUGGUUGGCACAACACUGACAGCAUGGUGAUCGUGAAGUAUGCUACUCAAAGCAGCUAUGAGAACCCAUCUCUCAUGUAUAGCCCUACGCACUUUCCGUACAGAAGCACUUUGGUGAAAGAAGAGAGAGGAUGGAGAGCAGUCGAAGUUUCGAGAAAGUACUCCGAGAAGGCAGACCCUUUUGAAGAGUUUGCUGAAGGAGAAAAGGAAGUGGUUACAGCCAUUUCAGCAAAGCCAAUUCCACUUUGGAUUCUUGGCACUCCUUACGCAGCUGGAGAUCGAGCAGACCAAGAAAGCCAUGGUCGUGACUACUGGAAGAUGGAUCUUGAGAAAGGAGAAGUUGUUCGUCACCACGUAGUACCAAGAACUGUUUUGUUCGACCCGACAGGUGUUUCCAACUGUCCUGUCCUCCUUGGAGACCUUGAGAACAGCAGAUAUACCCAAGGAGACUGUAUUUACAGUACAGAAAUCUACGAACACAGCGACGACUGGAGAGCAGACCGCCUACCUCUACGUGAACACUUUCGGUUGCCGUGGUUUGGUCAAACAAGGUUUCGAGUGAAGCCAGAAGUUGUUGAAGACCUGAGGGCAGAAGCUGCAGCAGAGGAGCUCAAGAAGAAGAAAGAAGAGCACUACCAAGAGAAGGAAGACUCAGCAGCACCACCAGCAGCAGAAGAGAGCAAAGAUGAGGAGAUGAGAGAAGCACAAGCAGACCAAGAAGCACCACAAGAAGUUGUUGAAGUUUUAGAGGAAAGCUUCUACCACGAAGGCGUCGAGUACACAGCACAAAGAAGCAGCCUCAAAGAACUACAAGCACUUUGCAGAGAGUACGGAGUCAAGACCACAGGAAGCAAGAAACAGCUCUUGAAGAGACUCGCCACAGCAGUCAGAGAAGAAAGGCUCAACACACAACAUAAGGAGCAACGGGAACACCACCAAGCAUACCACCUAGCACCACCACAGGAACCAACGGAAGAGGAGAGAGCGUACCACAACUUGACGCACCUUCCGUAUCAGCCUUGGUGUCCCCAUUGCGUUGCUAUGAAAGCACGAGAAGACAACCACAAGAAAGGAUUGAGCAAGCCAAGCAGCUCUACGGAUUCCGCGAAGCCCGUCAUCAGUUUUGACUUUUGCUAUACAAGCACCACAGGAAGUGAAGAGCCACCUGCAGUGACUCUUGUGUCGCUGUGGACAGCUGGAGCAAAGCAGUCUUAG